CAUCGAUACUUAUGAGUGGCAGCUGUGGUGUCAUACGCGUGAAACGUCAAAGGGAGGCCAGCAAGUAAAGCAGGCUAGCAAAAAUCGUUCGAGCUUCACUUAUUUCCCAAUUCCUUCGCGCCUACCGCUAUUUUAAGGCACGCCACAAAACAAACAAAAUGGAUGACUCACGCGAAGAGACUCAAUUCAUCGUGGAUGAUGUAAGUAAAACAAUUAAGGAGGCCAUCGAAAGCACUAUUGGCGGCAAUGCGUAUCAGCACGACAAGGUGAACAACUGGACCGGCCAGGUGGUCGAGAACUGCCUAAAUUGUCUCACCAAGGAGCAAAAGCCGUACAAAUAUAUCGUUACGGCCAUGAUAAUGCAGAAGAAUGGCGCCGGCUUGCACACAGCCAGCUCUUGCUAUUGGAACAACGACACCGAUGGCAGCUGCACCGUGCGUUGGGAGAACAAAACGAUGUAUUGCAUUGUCUCUGUUUUCGGACUCGCCGUUUAAUUAGAACGCCGCUUGUGAUGUCAAUCAGAAAAAACAAGGAACAUAAAACAAAAAAACAAAACACAACUAAUAAGGGGGAGGGAUAAACAAGACAGAGCUUUGCCCGUACACACAGACACACGAACUCAACACAUACACACACUAGAAAAGAGCAGCUGCUGCACUAACCGUUAGUUGGCAAAGCUAAUAAAAUAAAAUGAAGCAGAAGACGGUUUGGUCGACGUUUAAACGAAAAGAGUGGUAAUUAGUCUAAAAUACCGUAAUAUGUACGUUAAAGUUUCGCAUUUUCCUUUUUGCCACUUUUCCAAAAUUUCCAAUUCUCUUGCAAUAACGUUUCUGUAUUAUUUAUGUCUCGGUUUUGAAUAACAAAACAUAGUGAGAGGUGUUAACUAAAUUACAUGCUAAUGUUACUAU